AUGCUGUGGCAAGCAGGAGUAACGGCCUUGCUCACCGUCGGAGCGCAGGCUGGCGGCAUCGCGGACUUGGUGGCAGAAGGGGCCCUCACCGGACGAUCCCCCAAGUCAAUCGAGCAGAGGAUGGAGGAACAUGUCAGUGAUCACGUCGUCGUUAGCAGGCAGGCAUCAUCCACCGUGUCACUGCAACAGAACGGCACGGUCAACAUGGCGGAGUGGGAAGCCCAGGUCAACACUGCCUGUCAAGAAGCACUCUCCAAGCUGCCUCAGUCUACCAAUCCGUCGGGGACUUGCACGUGCUACAACCUGCCGGUCCUCAACACCAAGACUGGCGCCUUCGAGGCCGACCUCAGGCUCUACCAGCUCAGCACGCCUAGGGAGGAGUUCGCCGGUAUCCCGGCGGACCAGGUCCAAGUCAGCUUGUCGUAUAACGGAGCCAGCGUCAGCCCGGUGACAGCCUCCACCGCAGCGCAGAAAGUCUCUGGACCGCAGGCGCGGCAGGCCAACCCCAGCCUCCAGCUGCUGCAGACCUAUCUUUUCGUAGGGCAGGUUGACCAGGACAAGAUGCAGCUUGAGAUGAACAUGGCCGCCCUUGAGGCGCUCGUCAUGCCGACCGUGACGCUCUCUGCCGUCAACGCCGCCGGACAAACUGUCAACACCACUGUCUCUUCGAAUGAGGCAACCUUCCUGACUGGUGUCUUCUCCGACAUGGUCGUGCUGUCGGACACGGCCAAGGCCCAGGCUGCGGUGGACGAUGUCACCCAGGGGCUCACCAAUGGGACGAUAGCUUUCGUGCUGCCGGGCGUCAACCUGCUCAUCUUUCCGAUCGGCCUCAUCAUCUGUGGUGCGUGGACUGUGAUAGGCGCGGCGGUCAUUGGGUUUGGAUUCUUCGAGCGCGUGCAGUACCGCGAGUCGUACAGGAGGAGGUCGGCCAUAGCCAACAAGGGCUCUGCGACGAGGAGGAUUUAG